UGGAUGUUUGUGUUCACUUCAUUCAGUUUAUAAAUUCAGCAAACAUUGAACGAACGCCAAAGAAAUAAAUAUUGGAGAUUUCGAAUGAUAUUGCUUUUUGUUUUGUUUUUAUCCGUAGCCUCGAAUACUGCUAUUCGUAUUAAGUGUAUUUAAUUAAAAGCUAACUAUUGGCUCCUGUGCGACUAAAAACUUACUCCAAUAAGAAAAUAGCCAGUGUGUAUAUGUAUAUAUGAAAGUUUGUGUUCGUGUGUGCGGGCAACCCGAAGAAGUGACGUUUACAGCAAACAAAAAAAAAAAAAAAAACGGUCUCGUCUAAAUUUGAAGUGAAAUUUAUGAAAAACACCUUGUCGUUCAAUCGCUUACAACUUUUCCAUGGCAGUUGAAUGUACAUUUGAUUGAAACGACGACGUCGCUUCGCUCGUCGUCUUGUCUGCAAAUUCGCCAUCUUCGCUCAGAAUACCAAUAGGAGGAAGAAGUAACGAGCGAAAAGAGCUGCGACGAGAAGCUGAGCUAGCUUAGCUAUGCAUCCACGGAGCUAUCGUUGAGAUCACCCCAAUGGGAUUACAACAGUUACAGCAAUAACAACAAUAAAGAGCGGAGAAUUGACAACGAGAACGAGUAGAACAACAGCGAGUGUAAGCAGACAGAUCGAGUUCAACAGAAGCAACGAGUAGCGAUUAGCGAGUAGCGAGCGACGAAUAACGGACAAAGUGUAUCCGAUUCAACAACUAGAGGCAUCAGUUGUAACUAGUAGCGAGUAACGAGUAGAAGGAAAAGGACUAUUCCAGUUUGAGUUGUUGUGUCAGCAUCGUCAUUCAGAAAAUGACACUGACCACAACUGCGUCGCCACCGGAUAGCAAUAAGAAAAUGGAAGUAAAGGUCUUAACCGGCGAAGAGAAUCUACCCACUUCGGAAAUGGAUCUGCUGGCCAAGUUAGAAGCCGCCAAUAAGCUUAUCGAGAGCGAUGCCAAGAGCCUCAACUCGCUGCACUCAACGCACAGCCGUAAAAACUCGGACACGAGUCAAAUUAGUUUAACAUCAAGCGGUAAUUCGGUUGCCGAAGAGGAUAUCUGGACAACAUGGGCAUCCAUCUUGAAUGAUUGGGAUGGCGCACUCAAGCGAAAAAAUCCCUGUGUCAGGGAAUUGGUACGUCGUGGCAUACCGCAUCAUUUUCGAGCGAUUGUGUGGCAACAGCUGAGUGGCGCCGCGGAUGCAGAUAAGAAACAGUAUGCGGAGUACAUUAAGGCAACAUCUGCCUGCGAGAAAGUCAUCCGACGUGACAUCGCUCGGACAUAUCCGGAGGUUGAUUUCUUUAAGGAGAAAGAUGGUCCCGGUCAGGAGGCGCUAUUCAAUGUGAUCAAAGCGUAUUCGUUACACGAUCGCGAGGUUGGCUACUGUCAGGGAUCUGGAUUCAUUGUCGGCCUGCUGCUUAUGCAGAUGCCCGAGGAGGAGGCAUUUGCGGUUCUCGUGCAGAUCAUGCAACAGCAUCGCAUGCGUCACAUGUUCAAGCCAUCGAUGUCCGAGCUGGGAUUGUGCAUGUAUCAGCUGGAGAAUCUGGUGCAGGAACAGAUACCAGAUAUGCAUAUACAUUUCCAGCAGCAGGGCUUCCAGACAACCAUGUAUGCAUCCAGCUGGUUUCUUACACUCUACACGACCACGCUGAAUGUGAACCUUAGUUGCCGCAUCAUGGAUGUCUUCCUCAGUGAGGGCAUGGAGUUCAUAUUCAAGGUGGCUUUGGCAUUGCUUUUAACGGGCAAGGAAUCCCUGCUGUGCCUCGACAUGGAGGCCAUGCUCAAGUUCUUUCAAAAGGAGCUGCCCGGUCGCGUUGAGGCUGAUCCCGAGGGUUUCUUCAAUUUGGCCUAUUCGCUGAAAAUCAACACGAAGCGCAUGAAGAAAAUGGAGAAAGAGUAUCAAGACUUGAAGAAAAAGGAACAGGAAGAAAUGGUUGAGCUGCGACGUCUAAGACGCGAGAAUUGUUUGCUUAAACAGCGCAAUGAGCUGCUUGAGGCGGAGAGCGCCGAGCUGGCGGAUCGACUGGUGCGGGGACAGGUGUCAAGAGCUGAGGAGGAGGAGACCAGCUAUGCCAUUCAAACGGAACUCAUGCAGCUGCGACGCUCGUAUUUGGAAGUCUCACAUCAACUGGAAAAUGCGAAUGAGGAGGUGCGUGGACUCAGUCUGCGACUACAGGAAAAUAACGUUUCAAUCGAUAGCAACAACUCGCGACAAUCGUCAAUCGAUGAGCUGUGCAUAAAGGAGGAGGCGUUGAAGCAGCGUGAUGAGAUGGUCUCCUGUCUGCUGGAGGAGCUGGUCAAGGUGCGACAGGGUUCGGCCGAGAGUGAAGAUCAGAUACGCAAUCUGAAGGCCAAGGUGGAGGAGCUGGAGGAGGAUAAGAAGACGCUGCGUGAAACAACGCCCGAUAAUUCGGUGGCACAUCUGCAGGACGAGUUGAUUGCCAGCAAAUUGCGUGAAGCGGAGGCCUCUUUAUCCCUCAAGGAUCUCAAGCAGCGUGUACAGGAGCUGAGCACACAAUGGCAGCGUCAGUUGGCUGAGAAUCAGCGCAAUGAGCACAGCACUGCCUCCGUUGAUUCCACGCCAAAGAAGUUGUUGACGAACUUCUUUGACAACUCAAAGUCAACGGAGCACACGCAGAAGCUCGAGGAGGAGCUUAUGACGACGCGUAUUCGUGAAAUGGAGACGCUCACCGAGUUGAAGGAGUUGCGACUUAAAGUAAUGGAGCUGGAGACACAGGUGCAGGUCUCCACGAACCAGCUGCGACGCCAGGACGAGGAGCACAAGAAGCUCAAGGAAGAGCUCGAAUUGGCCGUCACACGCGAAAAGGAAUUGGCCAACAAAGCACGUGAGCAGCAACACAGAUACUCGGAUCUGGAAUCUCGCAUGAAAGAUGAGCUCAUGAAUGUGAAAAUCAAGUUCACUGAGCAGAGCCAAACUGUUGCCGAACUGAAGCAGGAAAUAUCGCGACUGGAAACAAAGAACUCGGAAAUGCUUGCUGAGGGCGAGCUGCGCGCCAAUCUGGAUGAUUCGGAUAAAGUGCGUGACCUGCAGGACAGGUUGGCUGACAUGAAGGCGGAGUUGACGGCACUGAAAAGUCGCGGCAAAUUUCCGGCCACAAAGCUGCGCAGCGCUUCCAUACAAUCCAUCGAAUCGCAAGAGAUUGACUUCAGCGACCUCAACAUGGUGCGUCGCGGUAGCACAGAGCUCUCAACAUAAUAUACGGAGCAGGAGGUGGAUAUCGAGAUGAAGAUGGAGUUGGAGUCGAGGAUGAAUCAGUUGCGAAAGCGAAAG